AUGAGUGGUGUCCGAGAAAAGACGGCGAGGAAGUGCCAGAUACUGGUCUUGGCCAGCGGCAACGGCUCCAACUUCCAGGCGCUCUGCGAUGGCGUGGCUAGCGGCCGCAUCCCUAACGCAACCAUCUGCCGUCUAAUCGUCAACCGGGGCAAGGCUUAUGCCACGACGAGGGCAGAGAAUCAUGGCAUCCCGUGGGACUACGUUAAUCUCAUCUCCCACGGCUUCCAGUCCAAGGGCGAGAGAGACGCGGCCAAGCUACAGGAGGCCAGGGAGAGCUACGACGCAGCCUUGGCCGAAAAGGUCCUCGCCGGUGACCCCCGGCCUGACCUGAUUGUGCUGGCCGGCUGGAUGUACAUCUUUGGGGAGAAGUUCCUCGACCCCGUCGGCGCAGCGGGGAUCAAGGUCAUCAACCUGCACCCUGCGCUGCCGGGCCAAUAUGACGGUGCUCAUGCCAUCGAGCGGGCCUUUGAGGACUUUCAGGCCGGCAGGCUAGAAAACAACAAGACGGGCAUCAUGGUGCAUAACGUCAUUAAGCAGGUCGACCAGGGCGAGGCAAUCAUGACGCGGGAAAUCGAGUGUUUGCCGGGCGAUGAUGUCGGACGGCUGACGGAGCGGAUUCACUCCCACGAGCAUGAGCUGAUUGUCGAGGCUACGGCAAAGGUUGUGGCGGAGAUUCUUGCGCGGACGUAA